AUGGUUAGGAAAACAAUAGAGUACCCACUAACGUACCCAAAUAAGAGCACCUCACAGUACUUGUUUAAGAAUGAACACUAUGACAAGCCUUACUUCAGCACCUAUUUCAAGACAGCUAUGUUCACUCUCUACCUUACUGGCUUUUCCUAUUCUGGCGGCCGUUGGCGAAAUCAAUGCAGGAAGAAUGGGAUUUCUGAAGAAUUAUUGACUGAGCCAAUAUAUGUACCACUAAGGUAUGAUGACAAGAAUAACAGCAAUAAUGAACUGGAUGAAUUAACAGAAUUGCGUGACAGGUCUGUGCGUUUUAACAAUCUAAUGGAGGUUAGGCAGCUAACUGGUAUGUAUUUACAAGACUGCUCCAUACAAUUACAUGUAGUAACAUUUACAUUUGAUUUUAUUUCUUAUUCUUUUCUAUUCAAUAUGUAUGCCGAGGAACAGGUCAUUGCAAGACUCUCUUACCCGGCUGCUGUCAGAGCAGAGGAACUGAGGUUACGAGCUUUAAAUAAGCUCACCAUUAAACAAGUAGCAAAAAUGGCCUUUAUGUUUUCUAUUAUCUGGUUCUUUGGUAAUUAUGCAUACCAAAUUGCCUUACAUGAUACAGAAGUUGGUGUUGUAAAUGUGCUGUCAUCAACAUCAUCAUUAUUUACACUGAUAUGUGCAGCCAUAUAUCCAGGAUCAUCAGCCGAUAGAUUUAGUCUUUCUAAACUUGUUGCUGUGCUUGUCAGUAUAGGUGGUGUGGUGAUGGUGAGUGUAUCAGACCUAAAGUUUGAAGAUAAAAUACCAGCUGGAGCUCUCUGGGCGUUAUCUAGUGCUAUAUUAUACGCCAUCUACCUGGUUGGCUUGAGAAGAAAAGUUGAUCAUGAAGAUAAACUUGAUAUACCAUUGUUUUUUGGUUUUGUAGGCUUAUUUACAUCAAUUUUAUUGUGGCCAGGAUUUUUAAUACUUCACUAUUCAAAGAUUGAAACAUUCCAGUGGCCAAACAGUGAACAAAUAUUGUUUAUCGUGAUAAACGGAUUAGUUGGUACCGUCCUCUCUGAAUUUUUAUGGCUCUGGGGCUGUUUUUUGACAUCAUCACUUAUAGCAACUUCGGCACUUAGUCUAGUUACACCAUUGUCUAUGAUAGCUGAUGUUGUUAUAAAAGGGGUCUCAUAUACUUGGUUGUUUUAUCUUGGAUCGGUUCCCGUGUUUGUAGCUUUUAUGGCUGUCAGCUGUUUGACACAUUUUGAGUCCUGGGAUCCAGUGUUGUUACUAGUUAAGAAAAUUCUACAUUGUUUAUGUUCAAGAAGAGUUGUUCCAAUUUCUAGUAUGGUGGAUGGCAUUGGUCCGUGGAAAAGAAAAAUCAGGAUGAGGGACGUUGAUAAAGAACAGUCAGAAAGUUUGAUUGGAGUGAAUGUAGCCACGGAGUAAACAAUAUGAUUUAACAAUAUAUUCUUCUUAAGUUGAUAACCAAAUGCAAUGUCUAUAUUAUGGAAUUUUAAAAAAAAUUGUGAAAAACUGUGUUAUUAUUGGUUUUUUUUGGAAUGGAUCAUUAUAUGGAGUUAUUAUGCUAUACGACUAUUUGAAAAUGUUGUUGUUCAACUUCUUUUUGUGAGCUCAUGUAUGACAUCAUAAACCGUCUGGUGUUUGUCUGUCUGCCUGUUUAAAUUGUAUUUCAAACAGAUUUUCAUAUAAUAUAUCACAUGGCCAAUAAUGACGAAACUUGGACGCGAUGUUUCCUGCUUGAAUCUCUUAUCCAUUUGUUCAAAUAAUUCAAUUCUAUGUUGAAGUGUGGUUGCCAUGGUAAUGAACUGGGGGAAAAAGUAAGGAAAAGAAUCAGAGGAAAGGCAUAUUAUAACUUAGCUGUUUGGCAAAUGGCAUCUUUUAGAACUCCAUUUAGACUGCUCAAAUUAAUUAUGUCUGUGGGUUUAAAAUUGAAAAAGUCUUUAAAGAAACUAUGAUUAAGCUAGAGCUUUGAUAUUUUGCAUGAAACCUCUACCAAGUUUUUCAAAUUAUAGUCCUGGGUUUCCAUUAUUUGUAUAUACAUGUAGUUAAAAAACUUAAAAAAUCAUCUCCUCAGAAAUCAUGGACCCUAGAGCUUAGAUAUUUGGCAUUGAAAAACAUCCUCUAGUUGACCACUACCAAGUUCAAAUUAUAGCACUGGGGUCAAAACUGACCUUACCUCAGAUGGUGUUGGGUUUUUCUAUAUGUAUAUAGUAAAACUUUUAAAAAUCAUCUUAAUUUAAACCAUAAAGGCAAAAGUUUAGAUAUAUCAUAUGGCAAGAAACAGCGUCUAGUUCCAAGUUUGUCAAAUUAUAGGCCUUGGUCAAAGUUGGCUCUGCCCAGAAGGUUUUCCAUGUAUUUAGUAAAAACUAAAGAUAUAAAACUUAGAUAUCCGGCAUUAAACAAAGGGUAGUAGAAAAUUGAAAAUAAUCAACCAGUGAAUUCCAUAGCAACCAAGGACUUCCAUAGCAUCAACUGACUUUAUAAAGCAACCACUGACAUGCAUAUCACCAGUGACUUCCAAAGCAACUACUAAUUUUCAGUGGCAACCUAGCUCUGACUUCCGUAGCAAACAGUCAUUGCAUAGCAACCAUUGACUUACAUAACCAUUGACUUCCAUUGCAACCAGUGACUUCCAUACCUAUUCUGAUGCAUUAAUUGACCUAGAUUCUGACCUUAUACAGGCUUAACAUUUAUAGUUAUCAAUAUUAGUUGUUACUCACAUUUAGAGCUUGAAUAGCCAGUUGAGCAAAAAGGACCAUCAAGGUCCUCUUGUUUAAUUAUGCCAAUCAUGAUUUAGAAAUAGUCAUUUUUCCAAGAAAAAAAAAUCUAGAAAUUAUAGAGUUUACCUUCACAUACAAAUGUAAUUAAAAACCUUUUUUACUCACAAUAUGUUUGUAGAUGUAAUGUUGACAGUAGAUGUCCUGUGAUUUGAAUGCUGAUAAAUUUCAUUAUAUUUAAAUGGUAAAACUGUGAAUGUUGAUAUUUAAGAUUUUAUGUUUUGCAGAAUUGUACAUAUGACAAAGAACCAAUUAAACAUGUUAAUAUUAUUUCAGGCCAUACAUAGUUGCAAGACAGUGGUUAUUGAAGAAUAUUGUUUAAUAUUAUGGUAUGUUUUGGGUUAUUUGUAUUUUUAUGAUAUAGAAAAUGAAUUUAUAUUGUAAGCAACUUAUCACAGAGAGAAGGUAUAUUUUCUAGAAAAGACAAGGCCUUUCAGCAUUUUUGCUUCAUUUUAAAUAUGGCAUGUGAUAAUGAACAUAAGGUAACAUAGGUCAAAGGUGAAUGUUGCGGUCAGAGUUCAAUGUUGCAGAGAGCUUAGCCUUGAAUAUGUUCUGCUAAAUGUAUAUAAUGUAUGAAGGGUUUGUUCUACCAAAUUUUGUUGAGUUAUCACCUCUUAUUUAUGGUUGGUUUAUUUAUUAAACUGUAUUAACAAAAAGUGAGUCAGGAACUUCCCCAAUGUAUUGGCCAAGAAAAGUAUGUAUUCCACAUAUUCCAGUCUUUCAUUUUAUGCAUACAGUGUAUGUAAAAUAGUAAGAUGUCUGUAUAUCGUUAACUGUCAUUAAGAUACAUUUGCAUUUGUUUCAUUGCAUUGUAUGUUAAUGUUUUGAAAGUGUAUUUUCAUUGUAAAUGUUUAUGUGAAAUCACUGUCAUUGAGUGCUAUGGCAGUCAAUAUCUUGUAUUCUAUGUAGUCUCUAGUUUGCAUUUAUGUAGAUUUAUCAUUUAAGUAAAAUUCAUUGGGUAUACUGUUAUGACAAAGUAUUUUUGUUUCAAAUAAUAAUUAUUGUUUCUGCUUUGUUUGGUUUGUAUUAAACCAAUAUACAUAAACAUGUUAUUCACUUUAUUUUAUGCAUUGAAAUAUUCUUACUGAACAGAAUGUCAGUUGCAAAAGAGAAGAGUGCACUUAAAUUUUAGCUCAAGUAAGCACAAUAUUCAAAGCUGAGCUUUUGUGAUAGCAUGAUGUCCAUUGUCGAUCAUGUUGUGUUAUCCAAAAUGUCUUUAAACAACAUCUUCUUAACCAAAUGAUAGAUGUUGACCAAACUUCACAGGAAUGAUCGAUAGGUGGCUCUGUACAAAAGAUUUAAUUGGUUCCAUACCGAGGCAUGUCACAUAGGUGCUGGUCACAGACACUUUAAGGACACUUAAAAAUGAGAUCCUUUGAAAUAAUUUCCUAAGAAACUACAAUGCCCAGAGCUCAGAUUUUUUGUGAAGUAACUCAAGUGUGACCUUUACCAUCAGGGACAAACAAAUCUUUUACUACCUGAAGUGAAUACGAUUUAAAAUUUCAAUUAACGAUGUUUCAUAAAAAUUUUAUUUGCAGUUUAUUGAUAUAAUCCCUAUUAUACCCGGAAAAAACAACAAUCAGGAACAAACUUUCAUAUUAAUUAAUUCAAUAAUGACCUUAACCUGUGAAACACCUUCGACAUAAUAAAAAUAAUAGAAGCCUGAAGUUUUUGCAUUUGAUUAUAACUUGUUUAUGAAGAGUUUUGUUUUAGGAGUAAAAGCUGUUUUAGGGUGGUGAGUAAAAGCUGUUUUAGGGUGGUAUUUAUUACAUUCAGUGAUAGUUCCAGUUAUUGUAGAGCUUACUCAUUUAGAAUGUAGCAUUGCCUAGUGGUCCUCUACUUACGUUACAUAAUCAUAUCCCUUUUGUUUAAGAUGAUCCCAAUGUAUCCAAAUGACCUAGUGCAUUAAAGAGUGAUAUUUUCCAGCAAUGGAUCUCAAAUGAGCAAUCUAAGGUCUUAAUGUCCUUUUGUUUAAUUUAAAUAAAAACUUGAAACCAAAUUAAAUUCAUUGAUUUUAUGUACAAUUUAUUUACAUUUGCGAGUUGUGUGAAAUAGAUAAAUACGGGUGGUAGUUGUCUAGUAAUUGGCUUGACAGUACAGUUCUUGCCUUUUACAGAUGAAAGUAGAAGGAAGGUAAGCUGUAAUGUUUUAUACCAAAAUACCAUGCUUUAUUUAAGUUAACUUUUUUGUGUAAAUUGUUUUAACUCUGAAUGAAAGCUUCUGUGGGGAUAUAUAAAAGUUGUUAUAUCGGGUUAAAUGAGUAAAAGUUGUUAUAUUAUGUUAAAUCAUAUGUAUAUACUAUAAUUUAUGAUGUUUACAUAUAAGAGAUAUGUAUAUUAGAGAGUGAGAGAAUUAUUUAUAAGAUCUGUGGAAAAUUAAAUGGUUAAAUCUU